UCAUGGCAAUGACCGGUCCAGCACCUUGCUCGUCCAUGAGCAAUCACACCAAGGAACGAGUUACAAUGACAAAAGUGACUCUAGAAAAUUUCUACAGCAAUCUGAUUGCACAGCAUGAAGAACGGGAAAUGAGACAAAAGAAAUUAGAAAAAGUGAUGGAAGAAGAAGGCUUAAAAGAUGAAGAGAAAAGAAUCAGGAGGUCAGCACAUGCUCGAAAAGAAACAGAGUUUCUGCGCCUAAAAAGGACAAGACUUGGGUUGGAAGAUUUUGAGUCUUUAAAAGUAAUAGGCAGAGGAGCAUUUGGAGAGGUACGGCUUGUUCAGAAAAAAGACACAGGGCAUGUAUACGCAAUGAAAAUCUUACGCAAAGCAGACAUGCUUGAAAAAGAACAGGUUGGCCAUAUUCGGGCAGAGCGUGACAUUCUCGUGGAGGCAGACAGUUUGUGGGUUGUAAAAAUGUUCUAUAGCUUUCAGGAUAAGCUAAACCUCUACCUAAUAAUGGAGUUCCUUCCUGGAGGAGACAUGAUGACAUUACUGAUGAAAAAAGAUACCCUGACAGAAGAGGAGACUCAGUUUUACAUUGCAGAGACUGUGCUAGCUAUUGAUUCAAUUCAUCAGCUGGGUUUUAUUCAUCGUGAUAUCAAGCCAGAUAAUCUCCUUUUGGACAGUAAAGGGCACGUGAAGCUAUCAGACUUCGGUCUCUGCACUGGGCUAAAGAAAGCUCAUAGAACUGAGUUCUAUAGAAAUUUGAGCCACAGUCUUCCCAGCGACUUUACUUUUCAGAAUAUGAAUUCCAAAAGGAAAGCAGAGACUUGGAAAAGAAACCGACGGCAGUUGGCUUUCUCUACUGUGGGAACUCCAGAUUAUAUUGCUCCAGAGGUCUUCAUGCAGACUGGCUAUAAUAAACUGUGUGACUGGUGGUCACUUGGGGUCAUUAUGUACGAGAUGCUAAUUGGUUAUCCUCCUUUCUGCUCAGAGACUCCUCAAGAAACAUAUAAGAAAGUGAUGAAUUGGAAAGAGACUCUAAUAUUCCCUCCAGAAGUUCCAAUCUCUGAAAGAGCUAAAGAUCUUAUUCUAAGAUUUUGCUGUGAAUGGGAACACCGAAUCGGUGCCCCAGGUGUUGAAGAAAUCAAAACAAACCAUUUUUUUGAAGGGGUCGACUGGGAGCAUAUCAGGGAGAGGCCUGCUGCAAUAUCAAUAGAAAUUAAAAGUAUUGACGAUACUUCAAACUUUGAUGAAUUUCCAGAAUCUGAUAUUCUUAAACCAGCAGUGACCACAAGUAACCAUCCAGAGACAGACUACAAGAAUAAAGACUGGGUCUUUAUUAAUUACACAUACAAGCGUUUUGAGGGCUUGACAGCUCGAGGGGCAAUACCAUCCUACAUGAAAGCAGGAAAGUAGUGACUCAUAACAAGACUAUUUCUGAGCCUUGGUUCUUGCUUGUCAGCACAAAUUCUUUUUCUAGCCUUCCAAGCUUUACCCACAAACUGUGAACUCAAAGAGUGCAGGAUAACAUCUUUAUGCACUGUUUACAUAAAAAUGGAUCUAUCAUGGGAAUAUUUCUACAAAUGGCGUUUGUGGCCUGCAU